UUAUCACAAGUCUCACAUUAUGCCAGCAGAUUGCAGAGAAAACAAGCCAUGUCUUUCAGCACAGCCCUCUUCCCCCAGCAGUACUAGGACUGAGCCCCGUUCCCUCGCUUUUCUCUACUACUCUUCAACCAGGAAGCCACACCGAGUUAUCUAGUCCCCCUCUGAAAUUAAAUGGAUGAAAACCAAUCCCAGGAUUACUAUGAUAAACAUCGUGGAAUGGUGAUUUCUGAUAAAUGGACUGGAUAUGAUCUGGAUGUAUUCACGCUGCCAAACCACUACGCUGAAGAUCUGGACUGUGUGUUCAUACCUCAUGGAAUCAUUGUAGACAGGAUAGAGCGGCUGGCCAAUGAUAUUAUGAAAGAAAUUGGAGACAACCAUAUUACCGUGCUGUGUGUACUGAAGGGAGGAUACAAAUUCUGCGCUGAUCUUGUGGAACAGAUCAAAAAUCUAAGCCGUAAUUCUGAGCGAUUUAUCUCUAUGAGAGUAGACUUUAUCAGGCUGAGAAGUUACUGUAAUGACAAGUCCACAGAGGACCUGCAGAUAAUCGGAGGGGAAGACCUGUCAAAGCUGACGGGGAAGAAUGUACUGAUUGUAGAGGAUGUUAUAGGAACUGGAAGGACAAUGAAGGCUCUUCUCAGUCACUUAGACACAUACAGUCCAAAGAUGGUGAAGGUAGCAAGCUUGCUGGUGAAGAGAUCCAGUGAUAACAAAUACAGGCCAGACUAUACGGGGUUUGAAAUUCCGAAUAAAUUUGUAGUUGGUUAUGCACUGGACUACAAUGAACACUUCCGAGAUCUCCAUCAUAUAUGUCUCAUCAGUGAAAACGGCAAAGAAAAAUAUAAAGUGUGACAGUCAUUUCAGUUUUUUGUUUUUUUU